CUACGUCGAACAUCAUGAACAACUCGAAAAAAUCUAACGACAAUUUAAUUUUAAGAAAAAAUAAUGAAGUUUACGGAUUUCCGUUCAAAAAAGAAAUUGGACAAAAGAGUUACGGUUAUUUCGUGUAUGAAAAAAUGAUUCAAAAUAAAGAUAAAAUUUUUCAAAUCGAUGGGUUAACGGGAGAAAGUGAAACUUACGGAAAUUUGUUAACACGGUGUAAAAGAGUGGCACUGGAAAUGAUAAAUCGAGGGGUAACAGAAAAAGACGUCGUACUUCUUUGUAGUCAAAACACUUUAGAUGCGAUCGUCCCAGUUUUUUCAACUCAAUUUAUAAAUACAACUUUGUGCAGUGUCGAUCCAUCUCAAUCCGUUAAAGAAGUUGCUUAUCUUUUAAAUUUAGCUAAACCCAAAAUGGGAUUUAUCGAAAAAGAAUCCGUAAAUUUAAUAAAGGAUGCUUUAGAAAUAAAUGGUUUGAAUAUGGAAAUUAUUGUUAUGAUUCAUGAUGAUGAUAAGAAUUCUCUUGGAUAUUUUUUAAAACCUAAAAUUGGAGAAGACGAUUUUAAACCGAAAGUUAUAAAAGAUUCUAAAAUAGCAGGUUUUAUGUUUUUUAGCAGUGGAACUACAGGAUUGCCAAAAGGAAUUCCUUAUUCCGGAUGUGCAGUUUUAAAUAAUAAUUUGAGUAUUAUUCAUUUCGGUAUUGAAGCUAAAGUUGCAAGCCAUUUAUCCACAUUUUAUUGGGUAUCAGCAUUAGUAUUAACAACAAUGGUACUACUUAAUGACGGCAUGAAGGUUGUUAUUCCAACUAGAGAUACAAGAGUUUUUGCAAAAGCUAUGAGUGAUUAUAAAGUUACUUUCGCCUUUACAUCUUAUACAUUUGCAGUUGGAUUAAAUGAAACCAUCACAAAUGAUUUAAAUUUUAAUCAUCUUGAGUACUUAGUUCUUGGUGGUUCAAUAGUUCCCGAAAAUCACCUCAUAAAAUGCAGAAAACUUCUCCCUAAAACACUAGUUUUAGUGUCUUAUGGUCAAACUGAAGCUGGACACAUUUCCAGUUUUACAAAAGAAACUUAUCAUUUUGCUUUGCAAAAACUUUCAAGUGUUGGUCAACCAAUUCCUGGAACAAUCAUAAAGAUCGCCGAUCCAAAUACUGAAGAACCUCUUGGAAUCAAUCAAAAGGGUGAAAUUUGUAUAAAAACCAAUUGGCAUUUCAGCGGUUAUCACAAUGCGGAUAGUUCUAACGUUUUUGAUAAAUCCGGUUAUCUCAAAACGGGAGAUUUGGGAUAUUUCGAUGAAGAUAACUGUUUGUAUGUUAGUGAUCGAUUAAAAGAAACGUUUAAAUUUCAAGGUUGGCACGUUAGUCCGGCUGCAAUUGAAGAAGUUCUUCUUAAACAUUCGGCUAUUAAAGAAGGAGUUGUCAUCGGUAUUCCACAUCCGUUAGAUGAAACUCAUGCUUUAGCCGUAGUAGUUCUUAAAGAAGGUUGUGAAGACGUUAGAGAGGAAGAAAUUGUUCAGUUUGUUAAUGAAAGAGUUUCGGAUAGGGAGAAAUUAAGAUCCGGAGUGAAAUUUUUAAACGAGUUACCAAAAGCUCCGUCUGGAAAAAUUAUGAAGAGAAUAAUUAGAGAGAAGUUUGUAGUGGUACAAUAAAGUAGUAAAUUUGAAAA